AUGCCAUUUCUACUGGUGACAGGUUAUCCAGCAUGCGGGAAAUCAACGAUUGUCGACAGAAUUGCUGAACAUUUUCGAGAAAAGGGAAAAGAGGUAAACAUCAUAAGAGAAGACGACUAUCAUCUAUUCGAUCGUUCGGUCUAUAAUGAUGCUACAAAAGAAAAAGAAUUCCGUUCUUAUCUACGAUCCGAACUGCAGAAAAUGAUCUCGAAAAAGAAUAUCGUGAUAUGUGAUGGGCUUAAUUAUAUCAAAGGGUUCCGUUACGAGCUAUUUCUAGUUGGAAAGCUUGCAAAGACAACGUACGCCGUUUUGCAGAUAGAUGGCACUGAAGAAACAUGUCGUUAUCUAAAUGAGCAGAAAUCUCCAAACGAAAGGCAAGUUGGACGACUGGAGACAGAAGACCCUACAUUCUCGGAUGACCUAUCGGUAGACUUAGACAGGCCCGCUCCUAGAUAUGUUUCUCUUCCACUAACUGAUCUGUAUGAAUGGCUGAUCGAGGGUACUGCGCUGAAAGAAAAUCAAAGCACGACUACGGUCCCUCUUGCCCCCACAAAUUUCUUGCACGAACUGGAUAGAACGACGCAAGAAGUGAUUCAAUACAUUGUCGAAGCUCAACGAACGGCCAUUAUUGGACAGGAAAUUGUGGUAACGCAUGCGGAGGACGGUAAAAAUAAAUUACGUUUUACAAAAGUGCGCAGUUUACCAGAAUUGUCUCGACUUCGUCGUCAAUUUAUAUCAUUUUCAAAGACGCAUCCCAUUGAGAAAAAGGAGAUCGGUAAUCUUCUUUUUUCCGGUUUGGAGCAGACGAAUAGUGAUCGAAACUUUGUGAUAUUUAGUGAAAGCACU